ACGCGCAUUGUUAUGCGCAUAACUUUGUACAUGACUUCCUGUAAAUCCAGCUGAUGGAUUCGCUACCUUUUAGUCACCUGAAUGGUGAUUUAGACUAUGAGACGUUGGCAUCAGACGUUAUGUACGAACUGAUUGAUGAUGUAACGCUGGGAUUGUGUUUUGAAGUUCAUCGCGCCUGUAAACACGGCACGCUUUUCCUAGGGGAUACUGAUCCCAAGUCACAAAGAGAGCAUGAACUGGUGGAUCGACCAGGUGUGGACGUAUUUGGACAGGUGCCAACAAAGAAACAGUUUGAGUGCGUGUGUCCUAACUGUCAAAGAAAUCUGGCUGCAUCCCGCUUUGCCCCCCACUUAGAGAAGUGCAUGGGGAUGGGGAGAAACAGCUCUCGUAUUGCCAAUCGGCGCCAGGCUGCCAUGGCGAAGGAGAACGAAUCAAGUCGUAUGUCAGUGUUGGGGGAUGACAGUGCUGAUGAUGAUAACGAUUUAGACUGGAGUUACCAUGUCGACAGAAAGAUAAAAAAAUUAAAGAAGGACAAAAGCACUCAUUCCCCUCGAAGAAACAAAUUUAACAGAUUUCACAGAAACGGUGACUCCAGUUCUGACCGGUCUGCUACACCUGAGCCUGGCCUGACGUACGAACACCUGUCUCAAGAGGAACGGAAGCAGAUUUUAUUUAAUACUUGUGGUGUGAUAUCAGAACACACAAAGAAAAUGUGUGCCAAAUCUCAGAAAUGUCACCAACACACAGAUGAUCAGAGAUUAAAAGUCAGGCAGUAUCUACUGGGACAGUCGGUACCAGUAGAUGAGGACACUCCUAUAGACAUAGACAGUCUGGAUGAUGUAGACAGCAGUCAGUCUUUGAGAGACAAUCUGUGGGAGGGAGGAUCCAACGCGUCGUCUCCAGCUGACUCUACAUCUACUAACAAUAGUACUAGUUCCAGGAAACGACUGGUAACAAAGAGUGGUAAGUCUAAGAAGAAAAAGAGUAAAUAUGGCAGUGAUGCUCGACUGAGCCCGUUUGAUUUUGACUGAUGUGAUGGAGGGUUGUGAUCCAGAUUUGUGGACUACUUUAUAGUGAUCCAGAUAGACAAGUGUCUGUCUGUCUGUCACUGUAAUGAUGCAAGAACUUUUUACUGUAAGAGUGCCAAUUAUAGUGAUCCAGACAAGUGUUUGUCUGUGUUAUGGUAUGAAAACUUUCUACUGUAAGAGGAGUGCUAAUUAUAAUGAUCCAGUCAGUGUUAUGGUAUGAAAACUUCUCAUCAGAGAUUCUGUUAACUGUUGUCUCUUUCUAUUGUUAUUGUUACAAUAAAUCAUAUUCAAUUA